AUGAGUGGGCAUACCCCACCCACACUCCAGAAGCUGGCAAGGCAAGCUCUGCUGAGAAAUGAGGCUGUGGCCAUGUCCUGUGUGGGGGAGCUGCCUACUAUGCUCUUCCCAGCACUGUUCAAGGAGGCAUUCGAGGGCAGACACAUCAACCUCGUGAAGGAAAUGGUAGCAGCUUGGCCUUUUCCCUGUCUCCCUGUGGGGGCAUUGAUGAAGACACCUAAUGCAGAAACCUUGCAGGCUGUGCUAGAUGGAGUAGACAUGCGACUGACAAGAAAGAUUCACCCCAGGAGGAUAAAACUACAGGUCCUUGAUCUGAGAAAUGUGAAGCAUGCCUUCUGGAACACAUGGACUGGAGCAGAGGACUGCAGCUGUUCAGCAGAGAACUUGGAGGAAAAGCAAGUAGCGAAGGUCUUUCCUAGAUAUGCACUGAGGCGGCAACGUGUGAAAGUCAUAGUUGAACUGUCCAUCUUUUCCUGCCUCGAAGAACAGCAAGCAUGCUUCUUAAAGUGGGCCCAGGAAAGAAUGGGCUCCCUAUAUUUCUGCUGUACAAAGAUGAAGAUCUGGAGCCUGCCAGUCCAUGCUAUCAGAGAGAUCUUGAAUGUUUUUGAUCCACAGCAUAUCACAGAAUUAGAACUGCAUACUGAAUGGACCCUGUUAGAGCUGGAACAUUUUGCUCCCUACUUUGGACAGAUGAGAAAUCUUUGCAAAGUCUUCCUGGAACCCUUCCACAAGGUGACCUUGUCUAAUAGAAAUGAAACAAGGGACAGAGAAGUCAAGUGUAUCAAGAAGUUUAUAUCUCAGUUUUCAAAAUUCAAUUGUCUCCAGCAUCUCAGCAUGUUCUGUACCCAUUUUCUUAGAGAUCAUAUGAAUAAAGUCCUAGGGUGCCUGAUGACUCCUUUGGAAACUCUCUCAGUAACUUGCUGUGUAAUUUCACAGAACGACUUGGAUUCCUUCUCCUGCUGUCUGAGCCUCUUUCACCUAAAACAUCUGGAUUUGAGAGGAGUGGUUUUACAUGAUCUGGAUGUUAUGCCUCUGAGAGUUCUCCUAGAGAAAGUGGCAGACACUCUUGAGACUCUGGAUUUGCAGUGGUGUAGGAUGAAGGACUCUCAGCUUUAUGCCCUCCUACCUGCCCUCAGAAAUUUCUCUCAGCUCACCACAGUCAAGUUCUACAGCAACAAAUUCUCCAUGCCCAUUCUGAAGGACCUGUUGCAGCACACAGCCAACUGGAGCAGGAUCAACGUGGAACAAUACCCUGCCCCUCUGGAGUGCUAUGAUGACUCAUCUCAAGUUUCUGUGGAAAGAUUUUCCCAACUUUGUCGUGAGCUCAUGGAUACACACAGGGCAAUACGGCAGCCCAAGAACAUCUCCUUUGCUACAGAAAUCUGUUAUACAUGUGGUGAGCGCUGUGUCUAUCAUAAUGGGCCCAGGCUUUGUUGUUGCUUGCAGUAA